UCAAUCAGUCAGUAUGAAGCUCAGUCAACUUCCUCUUGUGCUCUUGCUGAUUUCAAACAUCUGCUCUCAACAUACUGAAGAAAAUCCAAAAGCCAAAGUGACCAUCAAACCUGCUCAACAUGUAUUCAGAGGAGAGACAGUCACUCUCAGAUGUGACAUAUAUGAUGAAGGAGUCACUAGAUGGCGCUACAGCUGGUAUAAAGAAGGUUCAGUCAAUGUUUUCAGUGAAUUACAGGAACACACAUUCAGUCCUGUUACUGAGUCUGACACUGGUAAAUACUCCUGUUAUGGAGAAGAGACAGAAGGAUCACACAGAUCACAACACAGUGAUGAAGUUACACUGAGAGUAUCAGUUCCCAGAGCAGUUUUAAGUGUUUCUCCACAGACGUGGUUGACUGAAGGAGAUUCAGUGACUCUGAUCUGUGAAGUUAACGGCUCCUCUACAGGCUGGACAUUCAGCUGGUUCACUGAGACUGUCUCAUCAGACAACAGAUAUCAUCAUAAUCUGCUCUCAGACAGCAGCAGAGGAGCUGGAGGAAACUACACUGUCAGUUCUGCUGCUCUAAAUCACACAGGAGUUUAUGUGUGCAGAGCAGAGAGAGGAAAACCAGCCUAUAACACACAGUACAGCAAAACACAUUUAAUAUGGGUCACUGGUGUUUCUCCUCCAGUCUCUCUGAUCAUCAGUCCCAACAGAACUGAACACUUCACAUCUGUCUCUGUCUCUCUGAGCUGUGAGGACCAGAAUAACUCUACUGGAUGGAGAGUAAGCAGAUAUACGGACAGAUGGGGGCUGGAAGAUUGUUCAUCAGUGUGGGAAUCACAAACAGGGUCUACAUGUACAAUCAACUCCACCAUGAUAUGGGACACUGGAGUGUACUGGUGUGAGUCUGAAUCUGGAGAGAAAUAUCAUGCUGUUAAUAUCACUGUACACUUUGAUGUUUGCUCUGUUUCUGUAGCUGAUGUGAUUCUGGAGAGUCCUGUUCAUCCUGUGACUGAAGGAGAUACUCUGACUCUACGCUGUUUAUAUCAACAUACAACCACACCAAACCUCAGAGCUGAUUUCUAUAAAGAUGGAUCACUCAUCCAGAGUCAAACUACAGAGAUGAUCAUCUCUACUGUCUCAAAGUCACAUGAGGGUUUCUACUAUUGCAAACACUCAGAUGGAGAGUCACCCAAAAGCUGGAUCUCAGUCACAGUGUUUCAUUCAGAAUCUCAGAUCUCUGUUCUCCACAUACUCAGUUCUGUACUGGCAGUUUCUCCAUAUUUGUUAGUGACAGUCGUGCUGAUUUUCAAAUGCUGCAGGAUGAGAGUUGCACCUGUUGAAGAGCAAGAAACUUCAAUCUGUUUUUAAUCUGUUGUGAUAAUGAGAAAACUUCAUCUUCAUCUUCAUCUUGGAAUCUCUCAGUAUCUCAGUCACAAGUUCAAACUGAACAUGUUUACUUACUGUAAAAGUCACAUUUUGCAAGUGGCUCCUUUUGUUAAAGUCAACAUGAACCAGUGUCGCAACCCUUUUGACUUCUGAGUGAAACAGGAUAUUCAACAAGAAAACAUGUAAGGAAGAUUUACAUUUAUUCAUGUACAGUAGUAGAUGCUUUUAUCCAGAGUGACUUACAAAUGAGGAAUACAAUAAGCAAGUGCUUUUGAUCUGUACCUAAACAUAAGUGUCUUAAAACAUAAUAUGGACAGCAACCGAUAGCCAGUGAAGACUGUUCCACAAAGAGAGGGGUAACGUCGACUCUCUUGGACUCAUGAAAGUCCAGUUGUGCUGAUGCAUUCUGGAUAUUUCAAAGAGAUUUGACUGCACAUGCUGCAAGUUCAGCCAGAAGAGCAUUGACAAGAUGACAAGAGCCUGGAUGUUCAGUGGAAGAGCCUGAUCUUCCUGAUGUUGUUCAGUGCAAAC